UAAGGGAUCUUCCUCUUCCAAGCAGACUGAUGAGAAACGGCAUCUUUCUUCCCCAAUCAACAAAUGAACAAAUAGACUCUCACGCUGUUCCCGCUAGCAGAGACGGAGUGGCAGAGUUGGGUCACGUGUGUGGGUCCGGCUCAAUUUAAAUUCUGGCUUGCUACGUACGACUAUAAUACAUGUACAGUACGGGGUCAGAUGGAUGGCGGAUCGGGAACUUCUUCUAUACCGUCUCUAUCUUUCAAAUAUACUGUGGCAAGAUCAGCUGGGUCACUCGCCGCUUCCUCCUGAAACUGGGCGUACAUGGCUUUCGCACGGUCCACGACACUCCCGGCCAUCUCAGGUUGGCCGGCCGAUUUCCCGUACCUCUUAGAAUACGAAUGGGCCCCUACGAUACAGUCGGACAUACGACAACGAUACGUAGGCUGGUGCGCAUUUGCUGACGAAGAUGAAAUCGACCGAAAAUCAGUCUCACGCUCGGAGGGACACCUUUGUGUUCGAGAAAUAACGGACCAAGGUCACCCAGCCAGAGGAGAGGGAGGAUUGUUUGCAGCGCGCCAGAUCAAACAGUUUCAAUUCAUCGUAGAUUACGUUGGUGUUAUCAGACUGACCAGUGAGAUACCAGCAAACCUCACUUACACACUGAGUUUUCACGGAAAUCUCUCGGUGGACGCAUCAAUACGCGGCAAUGAAGGCAGAUUCAUCAAUGACUGGCAUGGGAUUGCCUCCCGACCAAAUGCUGCCUUCGACACAUAUCGGGACGUGGAAACGGGACAGGUGCGCGUGGGCGCUUUCAGCCUGAAUCGCACCAUCGAGCCCGGCGAGGAGAUAGUGGUUCCGUAUGGAGCGGAGUUUUGGGGAGCAAAAGGGGAUACGAGAGCUUGGGAUCCUAGUUGGGAUGAAGGAGAAGAGGAGGCAUUCUCAUAAUCUACUUUGCUGUCAGAUGAGGGAACAGAGCAAAUGCCCUCCAAUGUCGCACAUCAUCUUCCCGAUGCCUGCUAAAUUUUG